CGUGCGGAUGGACCGUCUCUCCCACUCUGAUGCUUGUUUGGUGUCUUGAGGGAGGGCGUCUUGUUUUUAUUUUUUUCUACACUCAAUCACGACGGCCCGGCGUGUUUUCAGCUAGACUGAGCUCCUGUUAGUCGGAGUCAUGGCAGACCGCGGCGUGGAUCUGUCCGCCCUGCCAAAGGAGGUUAGAGACCAGUUGGCGGAGUUGGAUCUGGAGCUGUCUGAAGGUGACAUCACGCAGAAGGGCUUUGAGAAGAAGAGAGCCAAGCUGCUGGCCUCCUACAUCCCCAAUUUGCCAAAUGCGGGUCUAUCUCUGCCAGAUGUGCAGCUUUCCCCGGGCCACAGUUCCGAUCCCAGCCCGAGUCCUGAGGCCCCAGGCCCCUCCACAUCUUCAGCCUCCAGGCACCACCGCGCACACCGCAGUGGAGGGGCCAGGGAUGACCGCUACAGAUCAGACAUCCACACAGAGGCUGUGCAGGCAGCACUGGCCAAACACAAAGAAGAGAAGAUGGCACUGCCCAUGCCAACCAAGAGACGCUCAGCCUUUGUCCAGUCUCCCAUAGAUACCUGCACACCUCCUGACACAUCUUCUGCAUCAGAGGAUGAGGGCUCACUGCGCAGAAAGGCAGCUCUCAGUGCAGUGUUAGCCCAGAGCCUGCAGAGCCCCGAUUACUGGAUCAACCGUUCCGUCCAAAGCUCCUCCACGUCCUCGUCUGCUUCCUCCACCCUCUCCCAUGGAGAGCCCAAGACGCAGCCACAGCCCCAGCUCCAGCCUGCUGCUUCCCUGUUGGCCGAUGUACUGGCCCACACACGCAUAGAAAACAGUGUCCCCCCAGAUGUGACAUCCUCCACCCCACAGGAGAGAGGAUCCAGGGUGGACCUGCCUCCGGCGGUCAGGGGCAUGAGCCGUGGACAGAGCCGCUCCAGCAUGCUGGAUACUGCUGACGGCGUGCCUGUCAACAGCAGGGUGUCCACUAAGAUCCAGCAGCUGUUGAACACACUCAAGCGGCCCAAAAGACCACCGCUUAGCGAAUUCUUCCUGGAUGACUCUGAGGAAAUUGUAGAAGUUCCCCAGCCAGACCCCAACACACCGAAGCCUGAGGGGCGUCAAAUCAUCCCAGUAAAGGGGGAGCCUCUCGGUGUCGUCAGUAACUGGCCUCCUGCUCUGCAGGCUGCCCUGGCCCGCUGGGGGGCCACCCAGGCCAAGAGCCCUGCCCUCACUGCUCUGGAUAUCACUGGAAAACCCCUUUACACACUCACAUACGGCAAACUAUGGAGUCGCAGUCUGAAGCUGGCCUAUACGCUGCUGAACAAACUGGGCACCAAGACAGAACCUGUACUACAGCCUGGAGAUCGAGUGGCACUGGUGUACCCAAACAGUGACCCUGGCAUGUUCUGGGUGGCUUUCUACGGCUGCCUGCUUGCAGAGGUCAUCCCUGUGCCCAUUGAAGUACCACUGUCACGACAGGAUGCAGGCAGUCAGCAGAUUGGCUUCCUGCUGGGGAGUUGUGGUGUUAGUCUGGCGCUGACCAGUGAGGUGUGUCUCAAAGGACUGCCCAAGACACCAAGCGGAGAGAUCAUCCAGUUCAAAGGAUGGCCAAGGAUGAAAUGGGUCGUGACAGACACCAAGUACCUGACCAAACCAUCCAAAGACUGGCAGCCUCACAUCCCCACCGCCAACACAGACACCGCCUACAUAGAGUACAAAGCGAGUAAGGAGGGUACAGUGAUGGGGGUUGCUGUGUCGAAGAUCUCCAUGUUGACCCACUGUCAAGCCCUCACCCAGGCCUGUAACUACUGUGAAGGUGAGACUCUGGUCAACGUGUUGGACUGCAAGAAGGAUAUGGGCAUGUGGCACGGUGUCUUAACGAGUGUCAUGAACAGAAUCCACACCAUCACAGUGCCAUAUGCUGUCAUGAAAGCCUGUCCCAUGUCCUGGGUGCAGAGAGUCCACAUUCACAAAGCUCGUGUGGCCUUGGUGAAGUGCCGUGACCUUCACUGGGCCAUGAUGGCCCACAAGGAUCAGAGGGACACUAACCUGUCCUCAAUACGAAUGCUAAUAGUGGCCGAUGGAGCAAACCCAUGGUCUGUGUCGUCAUGUGAUGCCUUCCUGAAUGUGUUCCAGUCUCAUGGUCUGAAGCCUGAGGUCAUCUGUCCAUGUGCAACCUCUCCUGAGGUCCUGACUGUGGCCAUACGCAGGCCUGGUGCACGAGGAGCUCCUCUGCCAGCCAGGGCCAUCCUGUCCAUGGGCGGGCUGAGCCACGGGGUGAUCAGAGUGAACACAGAGGACAAGAACUCUGCUCUCACUGUUCAGGAUGUAGGCCACAUCAUGCCUGGAGCUCUGAUGUGCAUUGUGAAACCAGAUGGGCCUCCUCAGCUCUGCAAGACAGAUGAAAUAGGAGAGAUAGUGAUCAACUCUCGGGCAGGUGGCACCAUGUACUACGGCCUGCCUGGUGUCACCAAAAACACAUUUGAGGUGAUCCCUGUUAACCAGGCUGGAGCACCUAUAGGAGAAAUUCCCUUCACUCGAACUGGUCUGCUUGGAUUUGUUGGACCAGGCAGCUUGGUGUUUGUUGUGGGAAAGAUUGAAGGGCUGCUGAUGGUGAGCGGACGCCGCCACAAUGCAGACGACUUGGUGGCCACCGCGCUUGCAGUGGAGCCUGUCAAAACGGUUUAUAGGGGGAGGAUUGCUGUGUUCUCAGUCACAGUGUUUUAUGAUGAGAGGAUAGUGAUCGUGGCAGAGCAGAGGCCUGACGCCAGUGAGGAGGACAGCUUCCAGUGGAUGAGUCGAGUACUGCAGGCCAUCGACAGUAUCCACCAGGUUGGCCUGUACUGCCUUGCGCUCGUCCCAGCCAACACCCUCCCAAAGACUCCGCUCGGAGGCAUCCACAUCUGCGAAACCAAGCAGAACUUUCUGGAGGGAAACCUGCACCCCUGCAAUAUCCUCAUGUGCCCACACACCUGUGUUACCAACAUGCCCAAACCACGCCAGAAACAGCCAGUGGAUGUUGGUCCAGCUUCUAUGCUGGUCGGCAACUUGGUGGCAGGGAAGCGGAUCGCUCAGGCUACAGGUAGAGAGCUGGGUGUGGUGGAGGACCAGGAUCUAAUCCGAAAGCACCAGUUCUUGUCUGAAGCCCUGCAGUGGAGAGCCCAAACUGACCCAGACCAUGUUCUCUAUGUGCUGCUCAAUGCAAAGGGGGUGGCAGUGUGCACAGCCACUUGUGCUCAGCUUCACAAGAGAGCAGAGAAAAUCACAGCUACCCUUAUGGAGAGAGGGGGCCUCAACACAGGAGACAACGUGGUGCUACUUUAUCCCCCGGGUAUUGACCUGAUCGCUGCCUUCUAUGGCUGUCUCUAUGCUGGGGUCAUCCCUGUGACGGUGAGGCCGCCCCACCCACAGAACCUGGCCGCUACACUGCCCACUGUCCGCAUGAUCAUUGACGUGAGCAAAGCAGCCUGCAUCCUCACCACUCAGCCUCUCAUGAGGAUCCUCAGGUCCAGGGAAGCUGCUGCCAGCGUCAACGUCAAGACGUGGCCUACUAUUAUCGAUACAGAUGAUCUCCCCAGAAAGCGGCCUCCACACUUCUAUAAACCACCUACAGCUGAGAUGCUGGCCUACCUGGACUUCAGUGUGUCUACCACAGGCAUGUUGACUGGAGUCAAGAUGUCUCACGCCGCAGUCAGUACUCUGUGCCGCUCCAUAAAGCUGCAGUGUGAGCUCUACUCCUCACGCCAAAUAGCCAUCUGCCUGGACCCCUACUGCGGCCUGGGCUUUGUCCUGUGGUGCCUCUCCAGUGUUUACUCAGGUCACCAGUCCAUCCUUAUCCCUCCGCUGGAGCUGGAGAGCUCGCUGCCUCUGUGGCUGAGCACGCUCAGUCAGUACAAGAUCAGAGACACCUUCUGCUCCUACUCUGUCAUGGAGCUCUGCACCAAGGGCCUGGGCACCCAGACGGAGAUGCUGAAGGCGCGGGGUCUGAAUCUGUCAUGUGUGCGGAGCUGUGUGGUGAUAGCAGAGGAGCGGCCUCGGCUCGCCCUCACACAAUCCUUCUCCAAACUUUUCAAAGAUCUCGGCUUGUCACCACGAGCCGUCAGCACUGCCUUCGGCUCCAGAGUCAACCUGGCCAUCUGCCUGCAGGGCACUGCUGGACCAGACCCUUCCACCGUGUAUGUUGACAUGAAAUCUCUGCGCCAUGACAGGGUGAGGCUGGUGGAACGAGGAGCGCCACAGAGUCUUCCACUCAUGGAGUCAGGCACUAUCCUGCCGGGGGUGAGGGUCAUCAUCGUGAACCCAGAGACCAGAGGCCCGCUGGGGGAUUCCCAUCUUGGGGAGAUCUGGGUGAAUAGCCCUCACAGCGCCAGUGGCUACUACACCAUCUAUGGGGAGGAGAGCCUGCAGGCAGACCACUUCAACACCAGACUCAGCUUUGGGGAGCCCCACACUCUGUGGGCCAGGACUGGCUACCUGGGCUUCAUCAAGAGGACCGAGCUGCUGGAUGCAAGCGGAGAUCGUCAUGAUGCCUUGUUUGUGGUGGGCUCUCUCGAUGAAACGCUGGAGCUGAGGGGAUUACGUUAUCACCCUAUUGACAUCGAGACGUCUGUGUCUCGAUCUCACCGCAGCAUCGCAGAGAGCGCUGUGUUUACAUGGACCAACCUGCUGGUGGUAGUGGCGGAGCUGAGCGGCUCGGAGCAGGAGGCCUUGGACCUGGUGCCCCUUGUCACCAAUGUGGUCCUGGAGGAGCAUCACCUCAUCGUCGGGGUGGUGGUCAUCGUGGACCCCGGGGUGAUUCCCAUCAACUCCAGAGGAGAGAAGCAGAGGAUGCACCUGCGAGACUCCUUCCUGGCAGACCAACUGGACCCCAUCUACGUGGCCUACAACAUGUGAUCGCCCUUCACCUUCUCCUACUGAUGAAAAUGCAGAAAACUGAGCCCGGCUCGGAGAAGAGAUGUGAGGGAGAAGGAGUGCGUACAGUAGCUUACCCCAAUAUUAAACAUCAGACACACAUUCAGAACACCAAACAAUUUUAGGAAUGCAAGUACAGUACCAGUACUGUUGCGAGAACGUGCUUCCCUCUCAGAACUGUUCCUUGCUUCCACCUGCUCUAUCACUGCGGUUCGGGUUCACUGACAGUUUUGCUUUGGGGGGGAAAUACGAGACAUGACACAUCUGUCAACUGAAGGAAAUGUGAUCUGCAAUCCUCUCUGCGCAUCCUACUUCUCCCUCAUCGCUCCAAUUCAUGUUUUGUUUUGUUUUUUAAAGACAUUUUUAAGUACAUACUCUCAUCAAAAAAAAACAAAAUCCUCCCCACUCUCCAUUCAUCGGUUUUUAUGCUGAACCAUUCAUCCCUCUGAGUGCUUUUUUUUUUUUUUUUUAACACCUUCACUUCAGGAUGGUGCACUGGAACUGCUGAGAGGAGCUGGAACUUUCCCCCUUGCACUUUAAGUCCUUGCACCUCUGAGUCUACUUCCUGUCUCGCCUGCCUCAAGGGGACAGCCCCCCCCCCCCUCUCAUGUUUGCUGCUUUCACAUGAGCAAAUCCACAUCAGUAUUACAAGAAAAAAAAAAGUGCCACCAGCAAGUGCAGCCUACAGGGGCAGUCCUGACAUAUUAACUUGCUACCGGGAUGCACCGUGGCUUUCACCUCCCAUCACACACUGUAUACGCGAGCAGACACGCUGUCACGAAAUGUCCUAAAAAAAAUGAUGCACUUGAAUUAUUUGUUGGUGUGGGAAAAGAAAGACUAGCUUCAUGAACAUACAAACCUGGAUGAGCUCUGAUGGGCAGAAAACACAGAUUCUUCAUUUUCAGUAGGAUUUGGUCCGUUAGAUAGCUCUUAUGACUGUGAUAGUACUAAUACAGUUUUUUAAAAGCACCAUUUUUCAGAAGAGGAGUUGAAGCUGUACGUGGUGUUUGGGUGUGCAUGCUAAAUUGGGAGUGCAAUCAAUGUCUAGAAGGAGAAAAGAAAACCGUAACAUGCAGAGGAGUCACACGGCAGAGGAUCGGUUGGCUCGGUGACUAUGCUGAAUAUUUUGGGAGAGCGUCGCCCCAGCUUGUGCCUCACAUGUGUCACUGUUAUAUUACAGUCACAGCUCUGAAAAAUAGCCACCUGGUGCACUUUGAAAAACCCUGAAGGUCAUCUAACAACUUUUAUUGUUGCUGUGAAGAUAUUUCUAGAAUCAUUAAAGCCUUUCUAAACUUCUAGAUGAAAAAAUAUUCCAUCUGUUGCCAAAUAAAAAAAGAUUUUUCAUCCAUUUCUCAAGUUGCGACUAAGUUUCCGCUCUAGUUAGCUGAAAAUAACAUAGGUCCUGAAUUUCUUUGUAGAACACAAACAUAAAUUAACACAUUGGAAAGCUUAAUUGAAUGCAUACCAAGAUAACUGAUGGUAAAACUUGUAAAUCUUUGUCCAGAUUAGGAUAAAGAAAGGUGUUAAAAAAAUCUUUUUUUACUAUGCAACAGAAUACC